GAUGAAAUACAUAGCAAUUCUUUUACUGAUAUUAGCAUUGACAAAUGCAACAAAUAUGAGAUAACAAUAGAAACAUAAAGAAGUUAAAAAACUGGUUGAACUAGAGUAAGGAUAGGUGUAUUUUAAUCUAGUUCUUCAUUUGUAGGAGAAACAUAAGAUCUUAGUGGAAAUGUUGGAAUGAUAUCAGUAAUAGAAGAAACCAAUAAUGAUUUUGUGAACUAAAACAAUAUCAAGAAAGCAGAAACAAAAGAAAGAAAUGCUGUAUUAAAUGCAAUUAAAAAAUCUGAAUCACACAAAUCAUUAAUUUAACUUAAAGAUAAUGAAAUAUAUGUAGAAGAGACUUUGGAUUAAACUCCAAAGAAAGAUAUAAAUUUUGCUGAUUUAUUCACAAAUGAUGGUUCAUCACCAGAUAUGGGAUAAUAAGUUAUAUUUGAAGAUUCUCCAAGUGCUCCUAUGGCUUAAUUACCUUAAGAUGAAAAUUUGGAAUAUGUGAGAGCUAUUGAUAAAUUUGAUUUAUUAGAUGAAAAUGGUCAACCAUUAUAAUUAUUGCCUGAAGAAUAGACAUUAUUGGAAAUGAAACAAUUUGAAAGUAGAUUUUAAUAAGAUGAAACUCCAUAAAUGGAUGCAGCACCUACAUGGGAUUUAGAAAGUGCAUAUGAGAAGACUCCAGGAUAAAGUGAAUUAUCACCUGAAGAAUUAUAGAGAUAAACUGAAUAGAUGGUAGAUAGUUUGAAAGGAGAAUUGGAAGAUGAAAAUAUAUGA